AUGUCUUCGUAUCUGCAGGACCUGGGGCCAGAGGCUGUCUCACACCGGCAGCAGGUUGACGAGGUAAAGCAGCAACUCGGCAUCACACACGCUGAGUUUGACUGCUGGAUCUACGGGUUCCUGGAAAACAAGAAGUUCUCCGUGGAGGAGACCGUGCUAAAGCUGCAGCGGCGGUUCGCGAUGGAGGUGGAUGAACUGGGGACGUAUGAAAUAACCGAUUUUAUGCGCACAUCGCUUCGCUCAGGCAUCAUUCAGGUGAUUGGCGAGGACAAAUGUGGCCGCGUUGCCUUUUACGUCAACACGCGGAGGGAUCACCCAGAGUCCUCGCGCAGAAACGAAAACAGAUGCACGUUUGACAUGAUGGUGAGUUACGGCACUCGCCUACGUGCGGAGAAUAAGCGGUGCCAGAUGGUGAUGCUCAUCAACCAGGAGAAGGCGAGCUUGUGGAGCAACAUUGACAUGACCUUCCAAGCCGAUAUUGCCCUUCGAAUCGCAAAGUUUUACCCCGGCGCUGUGGACAAGAUGUACAUCUGCAACAUGAACCGCACUCUGGCAGCGAUGGCGAAGCCUGUAUUUUCGCGGUUGCCGCCUAUCGUUUCGGACCGCAUCAUCAUUAUUGAUGAUNCUGACAUGAAGAACGGUAUGCUGUUGAACUUGUUCGAUGAGAGUGUCCUGCCGGUGACGCUGGGCGGCAGCAACAACUGCGAUGAUGAGGCCCACUGGAAUCAGCAUGCCAAGGUGAUUGAAGACUAUUACAUUGAGAUGAAAGAUGCGAUUGUGAACCAGCAUUUGACAGUGAAGGAGUGGGAGCUCCUACGUAUCAGGCCGCACAGGGUGUACAGUCGCUUGGCAUCGACGAUUUUCGACGCGGAGAGUAUGACGCAGCUCAAGACGUGCUACUCUGAGUGCGGCUCAAGCUACAACGAUGACCUUGUCCAAGAGGAAAUGGAGCUCCAGGAUAUGGAGGAGGCGAACGAGUGGAGAGCCGUCAUGGAGUCGUUCCCGCCGAGCCUCUCACUCUUGUUCCUUGAGGAGCUGCAGCGCUGGCGCCUGGCGGUGACGGCAGAGGAGACGUCUGCACGCUACGCACUGCUUGACGAGCACAUUGCUCUGCGCAAAGCGACUAUAGCAGAGCUGCCGGAAAUUGACCUUGAGGACAAGAUGUGGUACGACCAGAUACCGAUGCCACUGCGCCAGCUGUACCGUCUUUGUCUCUUCAGUGUCACUGUCAUGAAUGGCAUUUACUUUAUUGCUGCGACAGUUUUUCUCGCAGUGCUGUCUGGUAAUAUUAUUGUGACGCUCUUUUUGGGGUUUCUGGUGCAGUGGAACUACGUGUUUCCACUCGGGGCAACCCUUGUGAUGACGGCUGUUCAAGGCAUGACGCUCUGCUCCCGUGCAAUUGAUGUGCUGGUUGCGUUGAUGUUCCGAAAAGUCAUCCCUCCGUUCGAGUGCAUCGGCAGGCAUUGGGGUGGCAUUGCACAGAUGACGCUCUUUGCAGUGGUGAUGGCGAUCCAGUUUAUCAUAUUUUGCGUAUAUGCGUCUCGAGAAACGCCACUGGAGGCCCUGCAGGUGUCUUUUGCGACAGGGUGGAUAAGUGCUGUGUUUAUUGUGGCCAUCUUCCAUGCACUGUUCUUUUUUGGCUGGAUGAGCGAUGCCAGGUUGCGCUUGCGUAGUGGCGGUGGGACGGUGGCAUUCCCAUUCUACAUGUUUUUAAACCUCCACGAGAGUGAAGAGCUGAGUGGGAUCCCCUACCGUGUACGCACCUCGUCUUGUGUCAUUUGCGGCUUUCCCGUCUUUCUUAGCAUGUUGCUUGGUAUUGGGUUUCUUAUCAGCCGAGCUGUUGGGUUCUCAGUCGCUGUAAGCGCCGCUUCUAUUGCAGGUGCCUUUGUUGUCAACUACUACUCUGAGGCGAUGGCGAGCGGGCUGAGCAGUAAGUUGCUUUGUGUCUCUCUCUGGAUUGCCUCAAUGGUUUGGCUUUUUGACUGUUUCGCCUUUGGCUUCCGGAAUUAUAGCAACAUAUGGGGUGUUUCGGUUAUUGUGGCCUCCCUUUUGACAGGGUGGUGCAUCCUCUUCGCGUUGACAUGCGUUACGAAGGACGAUAGUAGUAAAUUGCUCCGCAUUGGACUGAUUUCCCUCGUGGUGCUUCUUAUCGGCUGCUGGUUGUCCGUUUUUCCUGUAGUGGGCUGGGAGAUUGGCGUUUUCUGUCUUGCCUUGAUGCUGCACAACGGCCUCGGUCUUCUUUUUUGCCGCGCCGACCUCACUAAUAUUGGCGGGGUCUUCGUCUUGUCGUUAGCGGUGCUGCUUCUGGUUGUCUCAUGCGUGCUGCUGGGGUGGAACGGCACCAGCCCGCAGAAUAUUCUGCCGCGCAGCCUCCCAAGCGCGGACGUGCCGCCUGCGCUCUCCCCGAUCGUCGCCUACCACCGCUACCCCGUCUGCAGUCUUCGCAUGGACGGCGGGCUUGGCAUCGUAGACUUCUCCCUCCUCACGGAGAUUGUCAACCUAGAGAACUCCACUGCCUUCGCGGUUGACUUCAACAACUGGUUUAACACCACUGACUUCACAUAUGGUGGUGUUGUGAAGCUGUUCGAGACGGAGGGGGAGCCGUGGGGCCUCCACCGGUUUGACUCAGUGAUGCACAACGUUACUGUACUGACACUGCACAACAAAUAUGCGUUUACCUCCAUUAUUUCAAUGACAGCGUGGCUGGGCUCCAUCGCCCUCUCCCCCCUCCAUAUAUUCCUCCCCACUGAGUGGUCUACAAUGAUUGUGUACAUCAUAUCGUUCGUGGCGCGUUUGAUCAACUUUUCUUGGCUUCAGCUACACCGAGAACUUGCGCGUUAUGUAGAAGCCGUAAAGCGCACGGAGCCGAAGCAGGUGAUACUCACUGGCAGCGGCGUGGCGGGUGGCAUCGCGUCUAUGGCCGGUACCGUUUCGCGCACGCAAACGUUUGUGUUCGGCUCUCCUGGCCUCCUGCACUUGCUGCGCCACGUUAAACUUGACGAGACAGACUACCACAACUACGUGCUCUCCGUGGGCGCGAGCAACGGCGUGCUGGACAACGUUGGCGGUCGUGACACUACGGUAACGCAGAAAAUGCGGUGUGAAUUUUCCUCCCACGUGUGUCUCUCGAUGGAGUACAUCUCAGCAGAGCUGCUUGAUAUGUGCGACACCAGCGGUCGGCGCCACGCCUCCUUCCGCGAUGUUUACCUUCUGUAG